AUGGCCUUUGGCCGGAGAAGGGUCGCAGUGAGCGUCGUGGUGGUGUUGUCCAUCUUGCUGGCCAUCUCGCUAGAUUCCAACAUCAGAUCCAAAGUCAACAGGGGCAAAAUGAUGCUGGCAACAGACGCAGAGGUCCGUGUUGAGAAUGACGCAGAGGCUUCGCCAAGUGAAGUUGUAGCGAAUGUGAUGGAGGCAUCAGCAGGCGAAGUGGCAAGCGUCAAUCCCGGAAGUGUGGUGUCAGAGGCGCCAUUCACAGCUGACACCGGUGACACAGCUGACACUGGUGAGCCUGGAGUGGUAGCAACCUCGCCAACACCUGCCGCCAUUGUCGAGCCUUCUCCCGGCAAUGCGGCGUCAUCAUCUUCGAGCGAUGCCUUCUGCCGGUGUUCACAGACGGGUGGCAACAAGCCGCCACAUGGUCUGGAGAGCUUCGCAGAGGAAGAGCUGAAGAAACUUUUGGAGGAGAUGCGCCAAGAGCUGCGGAUGUACAUCUAUUCAGUGGACUUCCAUUGUGACAAGCGAAGGCCGAAGGGCACGAAUCGCGGUUACAUGGUGGAGUGGAAUUUCUAUGACCGCGCCAGAUCAUCAUCGAUGCGGGUUUUGGACCCGGAAAGAGCCACCAUUUUUUACAUUCCGACCUUCACCAGUUGCUGGCGGUCACAGGGUACGACGCGUCGAGAAGGAGGUGAAUCAGCUGGAAAGCGGAUCCAGCAAAUGCUGAAGGAUGUGACCAAGUUGCCCUUUUUGCAAAGGUAUGUCGGGAAAAAACACAUUUGGAUCUCAGCUCAUGACAUGGGCAAAGCAGAACCGCUCCUGGCGUGGUGUGACGCCAAGGACUGCAGCCAAAGCUCGAUGGACAUCACGGAGAUGUUGGCGAAAAACGGUACCGUCUUGGCCAACACAGCAGAUGACCUGGAAAUGCAGAGGGAUGGGAAGCCUGGGGAGUAUGGUUUCAACAGCUCCAUGGACGUCUCCCUGGUUUGCAAUGGGGACAUGCCCUUGGCCUCCCGAAGUCGCUCAGUGAAGCCAAAACGGCCGCGUCGAUAUUCCGUGUUCUUCGCUGGACGAUGGGACGAGAACUACAUCCCCGUGCGCUUCAUCGCCAUCAGGAGCAUUGAGAAAGCAAAACUGCAGAAACCAACGAGUUUCAAUCGGAAAAUCAAGCCCGAGGCCUACGAAAAAGGCCUGGCAGAUUCAGAGUUGUGUCUGGCACCACGGGGUUCACGUGUCUGGAGCCCACGCCUUUUCGAGAUGAUUUGGUUUGGCUGCAUCCCAGUGAUUAUUUCUUCAGGGUAUCACCUGCCCGCGUCUUGUUUCUUCGACUGGAGAGACUUUUCAAUCUUCAUUGAAGACAAAGAUGCUCACAAGGCCGGGCAGAUUCUCAAGGGCUACUUGGACGACCCAAAGCGGUUGGAGGAAAUGAGGGAGAAAGUCUUCAAAAUUCGGAAGGCUUUCAUGUGGAACGACGAGGAAACAGUUGGAGAUGCUUUCGAACUGGCCAUGUUGGAUGUCUACCUCAAGCAGCAACGCCAAGACAUCGACCUAGAACAGCCUUUGAAGCUGAACCCGGCUGAACCCAUUUGUUGCCAUGACUUUAUGACACCUGCCAUGAUGGAGGCAGAAGCAGUCGUGGUCGGGGUGCGGGUUCGACCGUUCCAGGAACGAGAGAUUCAGAACAACUCGAUGUUGUGCAUCAGCAUGAGUCAAAAGUCUACAUCGAUUUUCGACAGUAUGGGGAAAGACACCAUGUUUACCUUCGACGAAUCCUUCUGGAGUCAUGACGGAUAUGAAGAUGAUGGUACUGGAUAUCUCAGGCCCAAACGUGGAAGUAGCUAUGUGGAUCAGAAGUAUGUCUUCGAUACUUUUGGCAAGCGAGUGUUGGACAAUGCUUGGAAUGGCUACCACUGCUGCCUCUUUGCUUACGGCCAAACAGGUUCUGGCAAGAGCUAUUCGAUGGUUGGCUACGGCAACAACAAAGGCAUUGUUCCCAUCUCCUGCGAAGAGAUCUUCCGUAGGAUUGCCAAUGAUGAUGGUGGGAACAGCUAUGAGGUGCUGGUGUCUGCGAUUGAGAUUUACAAUGAAGCCGUGCAGGACCUUCUUAUUCCUGUGGAACAGCGACCGAGAAAAGGCUUGGAGAUCAGAGAGUCCAAGAUUUUAGGUGUUUAUAUCGAUGGCAUAACGAAGAGGCCGGUAGAUUGCUACAAGGCCAUUCACGACACCAUUGAGGAGGCCACUGCCAAUCGGACUGUGGGUUCUACAUUGAUGAAUGCGACAUCCAGUAGGGCACACACGGUUCUGAUCAUUGAAUUCAAGACUGUGACGGCAUGCUCUACGCGGGUGUCGAUGAUCAACUUGGUGGAUCUGGCAGGAAGUGAGAAGGUGAAGCAGACCGGGGCUGAGGGAGAACGCAUGAAGGAAGGUGCGAUGAUCAAUAAAUCUUUGAGCACCUUGGGAAAUUGCAUCGAAAAGCUGGCAGAGAAAUCGACAAAUCCAAAGAAGGCGGUUCUUGUUCCAUACCGUGAGUCCAAACUCACCCGACUGCUGCAGAAUGCACUAGGCGGUUCAAGCAAGACCAUCAUGAUUUGCGCAUUGUCACCAGCUUCCUCGAACUAUGAAGAGAUCAAAAACAAAGCCGUUGUCAAUGAGAACCCUCAGGAAAAGCUGAUGCGGGAGCUUUUGGAAGAAAAUCAGAAGCUGAAAGAGAUGAUUCAAUCCCUGGGUGCUGGACGCACAGUGGAUGCCCAGACCUUUGAGGAUUUGGGCCGCAAGCAGCGAGAGAUUGCAGAGGCCGAAGCAGCUUUGAAGGACAUGCAGAAGACCUUCCAAGAAAAACUUGAGGAGGACCGACAGAGACAGGGUGAACUUCGGAGAAGAGGAACCGUUGUGAAUCCGAUGGUUCCGAUGAUUGUGAAUUUGAACCAAGAUCCACAGCUGCAAGGACGAGUGAAGCACUACUUUCCUGCGGGCAAAACUGUGAUUGGCUGCCAGAAGCAGGAUGAAUCCGACUCGGAGACAGAGACGGAGGAAAGCGAUGCCGAAGGUGGCAGCGAUAAGGAAUCUGAUGACUUACCGGUGCCAGACAUCAACAUGCUGGGCUCUGGGAUCCAAAGGCUCCAUGCCUCUGUGGAGAACACCUCUGCUGAGUGCAUUUUGACGGCUCUCAGCCCUGAAGCCGCCAAGGCCACUUGCCUCAACGGCAUGCCUUUGGACCGGAUGUUGGAGAUGGACGCCAAGAAAUGUCCCCGCACUCGUGUGGAUGACGGCUUUGUUCUGGUGCAUGCUGAUCGAUUGAUCUUCGGCCCUUGCUACUUCGUCUUCGUUCAACCCAACGUUUGCAGUGCAGAGGUCCUCAUCACUUCGGGAGAAGCCGAUUUCACCACGGCGCAGAUGGAAGAGAUGAGAGAAAAGAGGUCGGCUACGGAGAAGCGGAUCCGGCAGAGCCUUUAUUCUCCCUGCAUGGUUCUGCCAGGCCUGGAAGGUGCCGAGCAUCUGGAGCAAGUGCAAGAACUGCAGAAGGAACUGGGACAAGUGAAGCGAAUGCUGCAGUUGAAGGAGCAGGUCUUGAAAGCCAAAGAGGAAGAAGUCGAAGAGUUGCGACGUGAAUUGGCCUUGCUGCGAAAUCCAGGAGAACAUGUGAAUGAGAUGCUGUACGCUGGACAUAGCAAGGUCUCGUUGGCGAUCGACAACACCUUCGAGGAAGCCUUGGCACAGCUGAGCGCUGUAGAGGCGAUGUUAACGUCAUGUGCUCCACGGAGCGACAGUCCAAAGAAGAAGUCUCUGACUGGUUGA